AUGCAUCUAAUGGGGCAUCCGUUGCCGGCCCUCACGCCACUGCAGAGCACUGAUGGAGGCGAAGUUGACCUCUUUCUCCUUUCCCUCUCCAAGCCAUGCCUCAUUUUCAUCUAUCCUCUCACUGGAGUGCCAGGCAAGAAGGUGUCAGACUCCUGGAAUGCGAUACCCGGCGCCCGCGGGUGUACUUCAAAUCUAUGCUCUGUACGUGAUUCCAUAUCAGCGUUGACCAAGCGCGAACCGGAGCUGUCGAUUUUCGGCCUAAGCACACAGUCCACAGCAUAUCAGACCGAAGCAGUUCAGCGCUUGAAGCUGCCGUUUUCGCUGCUUUCGGAUGAGAAACUUGAGUUCGCUGACAAGCUAGACUUGCCGACGUUUGAAUGGGAGGGAAAGCGAGUCCUCAAGCGAAUGGCACUUCUUCUCAGAGGAGGCCAGAUCACACGCGUAUCUUAUCCUGUCUUUCCACCUGACAAGGCGGCAGAGUUGGCUUUGCCGAUGCUUGUUCCUGACGAAGACCUGGCAGACAAUUUGUCGUGA